UUUAAUAGAAAUUAUUAGUCUGUUUUGUGUCUGUUCUGUAAAAAGGCAUCUUUUUAUAUUUCUGGAAUUAUUUCGGAAUGAUCAGAACUUUAUAAGAAUUUCUUUUUCGAAUCAGUACUUCUUAUUCGUUGUGAUAUGGUUCGUUUCUUAGGAAGGCUAAUAAAGUUUAUGAAGCUUACAACAAUAAUUUGAUUGAAAGCUUUCCUAAUAUUUCAGAGCAGCCACCACAGAAGACAUUUCAAAAGUUUACGGAAAUUGAGUUUGACCCUUUUUUGGUCGCAUUUAUUUUUAGUGAUGUGCACAGAGACAAUAAGAUCCAGAUCCAGAUUAUAUGUGGAAAAUUGAUGCCCUGUCUCUAAUGUGCUGAUUUAAAGUGGUACAAAAUGGAUAAGAAAAACGUAAAACGGUUUCCUCUUCCACCAUUAAAUCAUUGCCAGAUCGAUCUUUUUAAACGUUUAACGGAUUACGAGCAAAACAUAAUUCAGUAUUUACGAUUACAAACCAAUACAAUAAAAAGCAUUCAAGAAUCGAUCAAUAAUAAAUCCGAAAAAUUGAAAGUAUUGGAAUCCGCUGUUGCUAAACAUUAUGAGCAUAGCGAGUUAGUUGAAGUAUACAAAACAAACUUGCAAAAAGGAAUUAACAGUUUACAAGUUACAUGUGAAGAAAUCAGCCAAGGAACUCACGAUACUUUUACAACUUUAAUCAAGCUCGAUAAUUUGGCUUUUACAAUUGAACAUAAAAUUAAGGAGAAGGAGGCAAAAAAUAAGGAAGAAAAUUCUGUCUUGGACAAAGAAUUGCAUAUUGUUAAGGAGGAAUUAAAUUUUUUAGAGGUUUCUGAAGCAAACGAACGAAAUGAACAUGAUCAUACAUAUUGUAAAAUAAAAAAUGAUAUUGAUAAUGAUUAUAGAGAUACAAAAACAGAAGAAACAGAGAUUGCUAGAUUGGUUAAUGAAGAAAACGAGAAAGACAACGAUUUAAGACAAAAUAAAUCUGAUUUAAAUGAUUUAGAACAAUGUGUAAUUACUUUAAACCAUGAAAUUGGUGAGGGUGAUGUUGAAACUACAGAUUUAGAAAAAAAUCUGAAUCAAUGCAAAUUUGAAUUGGAUGUUGUAAAAUUGAAUUUGGACGAAUCUAUUGAAGCUGAGUUAAAUGUAAAGAAUUAUAUACAAAAAACUCAAAGCGAAAUAUCUGCAAUUGAAGCAGAUAAUUCAAGAUUGCAGGAAGAUAAAAGCUUUCAAUGUCUUAUUGAUGAAAAAAGAAAUCAUGACAUUCAAGUUACAAACUUGGAGGAAUGCGUAAAUAAAUUUAAGGAAGAUUAUUCACUCUUAGAGUCUGAAAUUGGCAAAGAAAAAGCUGUAAGAGAAUGUUUACAAGAGGAACAUUUUCGAUUAAAUUCCGAGAUUGACAAUAGCACAGAUAUUCUUAAUAAAACUUGUAAUCAAGCGAAAGCUUUAAAAAAUAAAGACACAUCUCAAAUUGCUAAAUGUAAAAUGGAGACGAAAGCAACUUUCGAUGAAAUCUUAUUAAAAAGUACCUCAAUAAAUGAAUUUAAACGACAAGUUGCGGAUUUAGAACAUUUAUUAGCUACAAUACCGUUUAUUAAUGAUGAAGAUAUACCAUUUGUUAAUCAAAAAAUUGUAAAUUUAAAGAGAUCAAUUGAUGAUAAAAUUGUACAAAUGGACAAGGAAUUCCAAGAAUUUACAAGCAAUCAAAAUCGUUUAAAAGAAAAUAAGAAGAAAGAGGUGAUUGAAAAAUUGGAUAUGAUACAAAACCUAACCAAAGAUCUAAAUAUUAAAAUUGGAGAAGUAGUUAAAGUGGAGAGAACAGCAAAUAUUACUUACCAAGCUAAUUUGGUUGAAUGUGAUGUUUUUGCCAAAAAAUUAAAGGAUAAAAUGACCAUCAGACAUAAUUUGAAGAAGCAAAUUGUAAAUUUUAAACAACCCGUUGUUCCCCAACGCAGAAAAAGAGCGAUUGAUGAAUCAAGUGAAGCAAGUGAUACAGCCUAUGAAAAUUUUACAAACAUACUGGACAUACACAAAUAUAUGUUGGCAAAAAAAGGCAAAAAAAAAUAAUUAUGUUCAU